AAUCGCCGAUUGAUUCAUCAGUCACUGCCAUUCGAUGUUAAAAGGGCAGAAGAAAGAAACAACAAAAACUAUAUAAAAAACACCAAUAAGUAUAAAUCAUUUUCACAUUCCUAUAAACGAAAACGACGACUAGAGAGAGGGAGGGGGGGUCAAUGUCCUUCAGCUUUAGUAGUUUAAUGCCGAGAAGAAAUCUUAUUUGUCAUGUAAUUACUUGAGACAUCUCCCUCAUUCCCUCUCUCUAAAACUUCUGAUCUGCGAUUUCAUUCAUCAAAGGUAAUUUGGAUUGGAGGGUGAUUGCAUAACUGAAGACCUCAAUCUUCUGGACACAUUAGCAAUACUGCACAUGGAACCAAAUGCUACAAUCGAGGAGGGAGAAAGUUUGAGAAAUGGCCUUGAAUUGGUGAGAUCAGUUUCUGAUAAGCACUUCGAUCUUUUGAGGCCUUCUGCUCGAUACAAUUCACUGUUUAAAGGGCAAGCAACAGACAUGGGAGACCCGAAAGGCAAAUAUACCCUUAUUAGAGAUGCAGAUGACUUCCAACUAGGGACUUUUGACAAGCCCCUUCCUUGCUUUGGUUGUGGGAUAGGAUGGCUUUCUUUUCUGUUAGGCUUUGUGUUCCCACUUAUGUGGUACUAUGCUGCAAUUCUGUACUUUGGAAACUACUAUCGAAAGGACCCUAGAGAGCGAGCUGGCCUUGCUGCUUCUGCAAUUUGUGCAAUGGCAUGUUCAGUUGUAUUGUUGAUCAUAGCAAUUGUUUGCCUAUUCUAGCCGGUCUGUCAAAUUUGGUUUCCUCUUUAUACACCCUUACAACCAUCCACAAAGGCAAGUUGAAUUUGGAAAUAGAGCCGAGCGUGUUUUUUUAUUUUUUCAGAUAGGCAAGCUGACCGUGGUUGGAUUAAAAUUUGAUGUAUAUAAAAGUGAAGUAAAGAUUUCUCAAAUGUUUCAACAAUGUAUAAUAUCAAAUAUUGCACAAUAUAGAAUUAAUACAUUGGAAUUGUACAGAACUUCUCUAUAGUACUAUAUAAUUUGAGGCUUUAUUUUAUGAGCA